AUGGCCACGAUGGUGGCCCAGAAGCUCAGCCAUCUCCUGCCCAGUUUGCGGCAGGCCCACCAGGAGCCUCGGCCGUCCAGGCGGCCAGAGCCCGUGUUCACAGUGGACCGUGCCGAAGUGCCACCGCUCUUCUGGAAGCCGUACGUCUACGUGGGCUACCGGCCGCUGCAUCAGACCUGGCACUUCUACUUCCGCACGCUGUUCCAGCAGCACAACGAGGCGGUGAACGUGUGGACCCACCUGCUGGCAGCCGUCGUGCUGCUGCUGCGGCUGGCCGUCUUCGUGGGGACCGUGGGCAUCUGGGGAGACCCGCACGCGCUGCCCCUCUUCAUCCUCCUCCUCGCGUCCUUCACCUACCUCUCCUUCAGCGCCUUGGCUCACCUCCUGCAGGCCAAGUCCGAGUUCUGGCAUUACAGUUUCUUCUUCCUGGACUACGUGGGCGUGGCCGUGUACCAGUUCGGCAGCGCCCUGGCACACUUCUACUACGCCAUCGAGCCUGCCUGGCACGCCCGGGUGCAGGCCGUCUUCCUGCCCGUGGCCGCCUUUCUCGCCUGGCUUUCUUGCACUGGCUCCUGCUACAACAAGUACAUCCAGAAGCCUGGCCUGCUGGGCCGCACUUGCCAGGAGGUGCCCUCAGCGCUGGCCUACGCGCUGGACAUCAGCCCCGUGGUGCAUCGCAUCCUGGUGUCCCCUGACCCUACCUCAGACGACCCGGCUCUUCUCUACCACAAGUACCAGGUGGUCUUCUUCCUGCUGGCCGCCGCUUUCUUCUCCACCUUCAUGCCUGAGCGCUGGUUUCCUGGCAGCUGCCACGUCUUCGGGCAGGGCCACCAGCUCUUCCAUGUCUUCCUGGUGCUGUGCACGCUGGCCCAGCUGGAGGCCGUGGCACUGGACUACGAGGCCCGGCGGCCCAUCUAUGAGCCUCUGCAUACCCGCUGGCCCCACAACUUCUCUGGCCUCUUUCUGCUCACCGUGGGCAGCAGUGUCCUGACCGCGUUCCUCCUGAGCCAGCUGGUACGGCACAGACUCAACCGGAAGGCCCAGUGAAUGGCGGGGGCAGGGGGGGGGGGCAGCUGGGAGGGAGGGAGGGAGGUGUAGCGGGGGCCCAGGGGUCCGGGCUUGGCUCCAGAUGGGAACAAGGCCUGGUAACGUUGUUUGUGUCUGGCGUUCGGUGACUUUCUGUGUAUGCCUCAGCUGCCAGGGGUGGUGAUGGCCAGUCCUUGGAUUUGGGGAUUGGCCGUGAGCUGCUGGGGUUCACCGCUUGGGCCUGCCCUGGGAGAGGAAAAGAGAGAAAAAUGUGGGCCACCUUGGCCUGCCUCCCCCCAUUGCCUCUCGCUAGGGAUGAGGAUUGGGGGUCAGCUGGGCCCAGGACCUUGGUUUGGAGCUUCCAGAUGAUCUGAGAGGGAGGGACAGUGGAAUUCAGGCCAGAGUCUGCUUUGAUCUGAGAGGCAGAAGAGGGCUCAGCAAACCCCCUCUACCCAGAUGUCAUUGGUGGAUAGGAAAGGGGGAGGCUCCUAAUGUGUGUAGCCUACUCUUACCAUUCCUUGACCUCCAGCCUGGAGCUUUAGAGUUCCGGGAAGUCCCCAAAGAUAGAAGAUUGUGUCAAGUGGAAAUGGAUCCCAUCAGUGCCCCAUACCUCUUCAGUCAUCUCCCCACCCAGUGAGCCCCCAGCCUUUCUAGUUCCGGCCUUGAUGUCCUGCAUAUCCUGUUCCCAGCCUGUCUCCUGGUUUCCUUGAUCAUGGUUCAGUUAUGCUUUCAGUGUUUCCUGGGCCUCUGCUCAGAGGCAGGCCACCAGCUGGCCUGUGGAUCAAUGCAGGAUGAUAAAAGCUUUCACAUCAGAAUGGCCUGUCAGGGGAAGCACUGAGGAGGGGAAUAAUCAGUGCUGCCUGUGACCCUCAAGGUCUUGGGUUAGAAAGGGUGAAUGGAGAAGUGCAUUCCUGGUAGAGGAAAAACCUAUACAAAGGCCUUCCUUUGUACGGAAGGAGGAGUUCAGUGGGGCUGGACUUAGGGGUGGUCUGAACUCUGAUGCAAUAAAGUAACUGUGAUAACACCA